UCCGCUAUCAUGACAACAAGUAAACUUCAAAAAACAAUACUUUCUUCUGUCAUGGUAUAUUUGCAGCUACCCCCAUGAACCUUAAGAAAAACCCCGACCAGGAAUUUGCUUAUGGUUCAGGCCAAAUUAACCCAACCAAAGCAAGCGACCCGGGACUUGUGUAUGAAGUAGAGACUGAAGAUUACCUCAAAAUGUUAUGUGCAGAGGGUUUUGAUUCAAGGUCGCUCACGAAAAUCUCAAGACGGAACAUCACUUGUUUGGAAAGAACAGAAGUCAAGGAUCUGAAUUACCCAACAAUGACUACGUUUGUGCCUCCUCUUGAUCCAUUCAAUGUCACGUUUAGAAGAAUCGUAACUAAUGUUGGACUCCCAAACUCUACGUAUAACGCAAGUGUAGUUCCUCUUCGACAGGAGAUUCGGAUUAACAUAGAACCAGAAACACUGAGUUUCGGUUUCCUGAAGGAGAAGAAAUCUUUUAUUGUGACCAUCUCUGGUGAAAAACUGAAGGAUGGAAGUCUUGUAAGUUCGUCUUUGGAAUGGUCUGAUGGGAGUCACAGCGUCAGAAGUCCAAUCGUGGCUUACUCAAUCCAGCCUUAAAACUCCGUUUUGCUUUUUGC